AUGCCAGAAGGGAGCCGCCUGUACAGAACAGAGAGGCAGGCGGUGGUCUACAGAUUCUUCGAGCCGAGCAGCGAGCACACACAUCCCGGGGCCUCUGCUGCCCCUAGGCUAGCUACGCGCUAGACGAAACACGCUGCUGUUGCCUGUUCAUCUUCUCCAAUCAUUUCCCUGUAUUUUCCAUCAUUUGAUUUCUUUCUUCAUCUUGGUACAGUUUCCAUUUGUAGCGACGCGACAGCCCCAAUUCCUACUAAAUUUGGCCUGUGCCUAUUGUUUUACGGGGGAGAAAAAUAUCAUUCGCUCCUGCUCCGGGUGGGAAGGGUGUCUAUAAAGUAAAGGUGGCGUCGCCAUUGCGGGCGGCGCUAGCAGUGGCACUAGCUGCUCUCACGAGACGAGACGAGACGAGCCUGCGUGCGUGGGGAGGUUGACCGGGACUCCUUCCGGAUCCUGAAAUAAGGCCACCGCUCGUUUCCCCGUCCGCUCUCCCCUCCCUUCACUCCCUCCCCCUUGCAUUUUAGCCUCCCGCGGUUCUGGAGCCGCGGGCCAUUCCCAACCAUCGUUCCGGUGGUGGCCGGUAUUGGCCGAGACCCAUGGGCAUCCAGGUCGCGGCGGUCGUCACGCCGCCGCCGUGCUCUUCCCCCUCGUCUUCCUCCCCGGCGUCGCCUUCGUCCUCCGCCAUUGCCGCGUCGCCGCGGCAUGCCGUGCCCGGCGUCAGGCUGGGGAGGAGCCAGUCGUCGCUGGCCGCCUGGAGCGCGGGCCUCGGUUCUCGGCGGCGCGGCGGGCCGCCCGCGAUCAGGCGCGCCCUCAGCGCCAGCAUCGACAGCGUCGGGAGCGACGGCGGGGACGACGAGGAGUUCCUGAGGAGGAUCCAGGAGCUCACGACGGGGCAGCACCCGGGCGCCGGCGGAUGCGGGUGGCCGGCGAGCGUGGAGAGGAGCGCCAGCAGCGUCGGGCUGCCGCUGUCGCUGCGGAUGCUCAAGCGGCGGAAGCAGCAGCAGCAGCAGCUCGAGCAGGGGCGGUGGGACGAGCGCCUCAUGGACCGCGCCGGCGAGUCCGCGCGCGCCGCGGUGGGGCGCGCCUUCGCGUCGAUGGUGCUCAUCAUCCGGGAGCUCCAGAGCUUCACGCUGCAGAUGCGGGAGGCGCUCUUCUACGAGGACCUGCAGGUGGUCCUGGCGCGCGUGCACGCCGAGAUGCACGCCUCCUUCGUCUGGCUCUUCCAGCACAUCUUCUCCGGCACCCCGGCGCUGAUGGUCUCCCUCAUGCUGCUCCUCGCCAACUUCACCGCCUACUCCAUGGGCGACAGCAUCGCGACCGCCGCGACCCUCCCGCCUUCCCAGGCCGCCGUGGCGGCCGUCGAGAUGGUGGACACCCAGCAGCCGGCGGAGCAAUCCUAUUCCCAGCAGCGGUUCGACCCCGCCGCGCUCAAGACGUUCUCAUCCACCGGCCGCACCGCCUCGGUGGGCGGGAACGGCGACGGGGGCGGCAAGGUGCGGCCGGUCGCCGGCGCCACCGGCGACGGCCAGUCGGACGAGUCGUCGCGCAGACGAAGCGGAGCGGUGCUGCCUCAGGACGCGUCGCAGCAGGCGACGCCACUGAGCGCGGGCUCGGAAGCGUCCGUGUCCGACUCGAUGGCCGUGGAGGAGGCGCACCCUGUACAGGACGAGCUGGCCAUCUGGAAGCGGAUAUCCGAUGAGGCGACCAGGAUGCAGGCGAGCGUGAGCGCCGAGGAGCUGAUGGACCCGGAGAUCCUGGAGCAGCUCGUCGCGCCGGUGGAGGCGCCGGCGCCGGACGCGGAGUACUCGGCGGAGCACGCGGCCACGGCGCAGAGAUACGAGCAGGCCGUGUCCGAGGAGCCCAACAACUCGCUGCUGCUCGCCAACUUCGCUCAGUUCCUGUACCAGGUGCAGGGAGACCACGACCGGGCGGAGCACUUCUUCAAGCGGGCGGUGCGCGCGGAGCCGGCGGACGCGGAGGCGCUGGGGCGGUACGCGGCGUUCCUGUGGCAGGCGCGCAACGACCUCGCGGCCGCGGAGGAGACGUACCAGGAGGCCAUCGCCGCCGACCCCAGCAACGCGCACCACGCGGCGGCCUACGCGCACUUCCUGUGGAACACGGGCGGUGAGGACACAUGCUACCCCCUCGACUGAUCUGCGCCGCCGCCCGCCACCGCCCGGCACGCAGAACAUCGAUGCCUCCCAUAAAAACCCAAACACAAAAAAGAAAGAAAGAAAAGAAGAGAUCGCUCCCUCCGCCACUCCGCUCCCUCGGCAAGUCCACGCUCUUCUCGCGGCAUGUGCUUGAGCGGCCACCCGGGCAGCAAAUGCUACACUGCAACAAGUGAAGCUGAAGCUGAUACACUUCGCGCUACUAGAGUCAGAAUCGUUCGUUUGCUUAAGCGGCCAUGUUCUCUCAGUCUCUUCCCGUGGUCGCUCGUUCUGGGGCAAGUGAAGCAGUGGAGCAGCGGCCGACGGAAACCCGCGGCUCGCCGCCGCUUGCCGAUCUGGAAACCCCGGCGGCGCGCGGUUGCCGGCUGCGCCGGGGGGGAUGGGGUCCGUGUCCGUCCACUUGGCGUCGCGUGCCGGGAGACGGCGUGGAUGUUUGCACCUGGCGCCUUGCACGGUGUCGUUGAGAUUCGCGAGACGCCGCUCCGUUCGGUGGGGGAAGGUGAAGUAUAUACACCAGCUGCAAAUUUUGCUUCUUGUAACUGUGCAGAUGAAUAAACUGUAUGAGAAGCUCUCCAAUUUUGUUUGUUUUCACCCGGUGAGGCACCACCAAACCAACAAGUAUAUGGUUCCUUUCCUUUA